AUUAUUUUAGUCGAGGUGACAACGGCCCAGUUAUUUCAUCAUCGUUUCAUUCAAGUAGAAGUCUUUGAACAAUUCAUAACAAAACCUAUGAAGUUAAGCAAAAACAAAAUAAAAAAAAAAUAACAAUUGACUAUUUCCGCCUGUUAAAAAUAUAAAAUAAUUUAUAAAUUAUAAUACCUACUAUAUAUUCAUACUAUUUACUUGCUAUAUACUUGUAACAAAUGUAUAGACAGCAAGCUCAAAGUAUACAUACAUUGACAUGAAAUAAUUUGCUAAAAAUCUAUGAAUCCAUUUGUAUUUUUCUUUCUUGAGAUACAAAUUGCGGCAAAUUAGGAAAGUUAAAAAAAGUAAAGAAACAUUUAAUUAGGAACAAAUUGAAAUUAAAAAGCUGAUGGUGUGAAAAAGGGGGCGUUCUUAAUAUACGUAUAAAAUAUCUUUUGGAGUAGAGCCAUUUUAUGGGUACAACACCUAAACCAAAGUAGUACCUUUUUUAAUUUAAAUUUAAUUUAUAAUUUACAAUCUCGUGCUUUCGCCUUCGCUUAGAAAUUUUUAUUUUUCCUUAAAUUACAUAUAUUAGUUCAAUUUUAAUACGAUCUUUGUUCAAAAAUUGAAAAUCAACACAAAAGUUGCAUGGAGGGGAAAGUGUUUUAAUACACGAACGGUUAGGUAAAGGAAAUUUUCGAAGUUUGGGUGUUUCUGUUUAUGUAUUUGUGUUACAUAAACCACAAUCGGAUUCGUUUCCCCGCCUGCCCCUACCAAAAUCGUGCGCACAGGUACGAUAUACUACCACGUAUGAAAGACAUUAAUUUUGUUGUUAUACUACUAGUUUCAUCUGUUUAAGUGUGUGCGCAAUUUACACUCCACUGUCAACCCUCUUCAAUUCGAUGACGAUGCCGGAGAACGCCAAUUUAAAUUUAUCGUGCGACAGCGACAUUAAAUGGACGGACAUUUUAUACUUAUUUUUUUAAAUAUAUCAAUCUGCCGCCUGCCCCUUCAUUAUUAUUAUUAUUGUAUGAUCAAUAACGUCAACUUUUUUCUCAACCAAUCAGACAAUUAUCAAUAUAUGAACAAUUUUUAAACUCAUAAUUAAAUAAAAUUCUAUUUCGAAAAAAUUAACAGAUUGCGAAAAAUAGCCCAACAAAAGUAUAUAAACACAAUACGUACGAAUGAAUACAUGUUUAUCGGGAGUAAUAUGUACACUAUUUGUAUAUAUAUAAUAUAAUCAAUAUGCCGUGAAAUUUUAUGAUGCAGCAGCAGAAUCAGUAUCAGAAAAUGAAAUCCGAACAAGGAGUAACUGAAACAAUGGGAGAUACAGAUAAUAAUUUAUGUUUUAAAGUUAGAAAGUGUGAUCUAGGAGAAAAUGAAAAAAGAAACCGCAUCUAUAAUUAAACUAAAAAAAUCUAGUUAAACAAAUUGAAACACAAAGUGAGAACAGAUAAUUUAAGAUUAUAAGUACAUUGAUCAAAAACAAAUUACUGUAAAAAAGUAAACAAAAUGUCAACAAAUCAAGUUGUACCUUCGGUAGCUGAUGAAGCAGGUGACGAAGUACCGAAAGUAUCGGAAAAAGACAGUAUUAUAAUAACUGAAGAGGACGCAUCAGGAGUAAAUAUGUCUGAAAAUGCAACUGCCCCUAAGUCAAAAACAGUUACAGAUGUCGAAGAUGAUUUAGAAGAUGGUGAAAUUGAUGACGAUGAUGAUAAUGAUGAACCAAUUGUUGUUAUGGAUUCGAAAUCAAUUGAAACCGCGCCACCACCAAAUCCGAUGACAAAUGUUACAAAUAAAACAUCACCGCAACAAUUACCUGCUAAGAAUAUGAUAGUGAUGGAUAUGAUAAAUGAUUUAGGCAAGAAAUCAAAGUCCAAAUCUAGUAAACAACAAGUUGUUGAAGAUGAUUUUGCCGGUUCGAUUGAAAGCGCCAUAGCGGCUGCUUUGAAGAAAGAUGGUAUAAUGCCACCAAUGCCGAAAAUCUUAGAAACCCGUGAAGAAUCCGAGAAAAAAGGUGAAAAAGAAUCAUCACUAUCAAAAAGUAGUCGGCGGAGAAAGCGAAGAAAGCUUCGUGAUGACCGAGAAAAGGAAAAAGAAAAAAAGAAACAUCGAAGCUCAACACCAGAGGCAACAAAAGCAGCAGCUUUGGCAGCAGCAAUAGAGGAAGAGCUCGAUGACGAUGAAAUGCUUUGCGUUCGUGGUGGAAGUCCACCACCUGCUGGAACGUUCCCAACUCUUCCACCAAUGGAUCCUGGUACAUCAUCUAAAAAGGAUGUUUAUGAUUCAGAUGAUUCGUAUACUUCAUACGAUAGUUAUGAUUCGGCUCCAACCUAUCAAAGGUAUUCUUCAUCACGCAAAAAGGACUCCAGCGCAUGUGGAACAUCAAGUUCGCGGUCAAAGCGCAAGGAGCGCAGUCGCCGCGACGAUGACCGACGCGCUGAGAAGAGAAAUCGUCGAAACUAUGACGAUUCAGGUGGAGAGGAUAAAUAUCAAGACCGACAUCCACAACAGCCACGCAAACUUGAAUUAUGCAAGUUCUAUUUAAUGGAAUGUUGCGCUAAAAAAGACAAGUGCUCAUACAUGCACUCAGAUUUCCCUUGCAAGUAUUACUAUCUUGGCAUGGAGUGUGUUUAUCGGGCAGCAUGCAAAUUCUCACAUGGCAAGCCUUUAUCUGAUCAAUUGCGGAAUGUUUUACUUAAACAUCUUGAGACUGCUCCCAAGGAAAUUCUUGGAACUUUCCGGCGGAUAAGCCGUGAGAAUGCACUUAAUUUGAUGAUGACCACACAUGACAAAAUUUGUCAAGAACAUGGCAUUGAAAAUACAAUGGCACCUCAUGCAAUUACUACCCAAUCGGUUGUUAGCACACAAGCAGCAAUUAGAAAUAGUGAACAUGCACAACAACAACAAUUGAAUCAACAACAGCAGCAACAAACUGAAGUCAUUCCUUCACUGCUCGACAUGGUUAUCAAAGGACCACUUAAUCCAAGCGAUCCACAAGGAACAGUUUCAAGCUCCACAACAGGCACAGCACUGAAUCCAAACAAACCAGAAAAACAACGUAAGUCACGGUGGUGCGAUUCCGCUACAACUACUCCAGUUAUUACUUCGUCUGCAAUUGUAAAACUACAUACAAACUUAGAACCACCGUCAUCGAGUGCACCAAGCUACUUAGAUUUGAAAAAUUUAACUGGAAUCCUAUCAACAGAUCGAAUUGAAAAACUUUUAAAAUUCGGAGUUGUCAAUUUGGAGCAAAUAAAUCAGCUCACUUUAAGUCAGCUUAACAACAUCGGACUAACUAUAAAUGAAAUUAGUGAAAUUCAGCUGAAUGCUAGAAAUAUGGCAAGACUUGGUGUGGGUGGUGUUGGAAUACAUGGAGAUGUAGCCGCGAGCAAUGCUAAUCUUUCAAAUACGACCACAACACUAUUAAACACAUCCUCAGCAUCAUUACCUUCGAGUCAAGAUGUUGAUAUGCGUUUUCUUCCCAGUUGUUUACCAUUAACAACAACCACAAUAACAACAUCAACUGUUACUUCCGACAAAUCUAUAACCGAUAUAGGACUCUCCAAUCGUGAUCCUCCACAAUCAAAAUCUAGAGGUUCUCCUAUCCACCCAACAUCAUCAGGGUCAAAUACUUCAGAUACACAUGGGGAAUCAAGUAAUAUCAGUGGCAUAGACUAUUCUCAAUAUUUAAGAGAUUCAAAUUUGGGAUACGAUAAAAACGAUACUUUGGAUGAUGAAAAAGACGAAGAACAGCUUGUAAUAGAUGACCAAGAUUCAGACAGAUUGGAUGAUAGCUCUCAGACACAUGACCCAGAGACGAAAGACGAUUCGGACAAUGAAUCAAAAGUUUCAUAUGGAUAUGGUGGCAUUGGCAAUACAAAUGAUCAAAGUCUCCUGGCUCAUAUUCAAACACCUAAUAAAUUACCGAAAACCUUUAAAGCUCCAUACACAGCUACCAUGCCUGAAUCGUUUGAUUCAAAAGAAAACUUAACUGAUAAAAAUACCACAUCAUUCGAUUCAAAAACUUAUUCAAAGCACUAUAAUGACAACGACAAUAAUGAUGAAGAUGAUGAUGAGGGCUGUUUUUACGGAAUGAAAAUCAAAGCUAAAAGUCAAAGUCAUCGAGAUAUAGAUUCGCGUGAAGAUUAUCGAGAUCCAAGGCAAAGAGAAGAAACACGCGAAGAAUAUCGUGAUCCGAGGCAUCAUCAUCAUGCAACAGAACCGAAAGAUGAAUAUCGUGACCCAAGAUUGAUUUCUUCUUUUCGAUCCUCUUCUGCAAAAGAAAAGAAGGGCCGUUCCACACUUUCAUAUAAGUCAAAUAUUAGAAGUGACGAUGAUAGUGAUCGUGACCGUUCGCGAUCACAAUCACGCUCACGGUCGCGUUCGAAUUCUCCAAUAUCAUCUAUUUCUCAUCAUCAUCGCAAUCAGUCAGAACAAUUCCAACCAAUCUAUGAACGUCCAAGUAUUUAUGAUUGGCACCCAAAAUGUGUACAAGAAGAUCAAGAAUAUAGCAAGAGAAAUACAAAGGCUGACAAGGAUAUGAGACUAGCGGGUUUUCUCGAUAGCUCAAACAGUGAUAUAGAUUUAAGACUUCCAUUUCAACCUGUAAAAAAUAUACAAAUAGCUAAAGAGAUCGAUGGAUCAAUGUCUUCACUUACGCCAAUAACUUACAAGGUCUAUGAACUUGAUAUUCCAGAUCCAAAAUACAGUGACUUGCGCCAAAGUUUUCAAUCUGAAGACACCCCAGAUCCAAGACUUCGCCGUAUACUCGGUUUGCCCGAAUUAUCAAAUUCUAAAGCAUUGGCAGCUUUGGGACGACCAAGUCGUCAAACAAUUGCAUCACCAUCCAGCGUCGAAUCGUCGUCAUCACCUACGCGAUCUGAAAGGGAAAGACUUUCUGCGCCUACUGUCGCAGCAACACGUGGUCCUCGUGUCGAUCCCAGACGUGCAGCUGCUGCAGCAGCAUCUGCCUCAGCAUCAGCAUCAUCCACCUCUGUUUCAUUUCAAGCACAAGCUAAUCAACUGCCCGCUGGGAAUCCACAACAAAAUAUCGAGAUACGGUUGUUACUUCAAAAAUCAGAUUGGUAUAAGAAUUUGAAUUCAAAAGCCAAAAUAAUGGUCAAUCAACAAUUGGCGUUGGUAUCGACUGAAUUGAAAAGAUAUCAUCAAGACCCGUCUCCAAAUAAAGUUUUCGACAUACAAUUUAUACUUAACAAUCAAAAUCUUCAAGAGAUUCUCACCUGUUUGGGCAUUUACAUCGACGACAAUGGACAAGUGGCGCAUGUCGACAAUGAUAAUGAUGAUAAUAAUAUGAUGAUGGGCAGUGGUAGUGGGAUGAACAUGGGUCCUAAUCCUGCCAUGGAUUAUGGAGGUGGUGUAAAUUCUAUGAUGAUGAUGAAUGAUCCAAGCAUGAAUGUCCAACAACGAAUGGCAAUGCAAAGUCAAAUGGAAUUUCUCCGUGGACCGCCACCAAAUAUUAUUAAUAUGAUAGGGCCGAUGGGUGGUGGAGGUGGAGGUGGACAAGGUUUGUAUGGUGGUCCUGGAAAUAUGAUGCCACCAUAUGGACGAAACCCUAGAAUUGGCAUGGGAAUGGCACCAGGCAAUAGUGGAGUUGGAUUCAAUCCAUUUGCUGGAAAUCCUGCUGAUAAUAAUGGUGGUGGAGGUAUGAUAGAUCCGAACUAUUGUGGUUCCAAUAAUCCGUUUUCAAACAAUUUUGGACCCAAUGGUGGAAAUUUUAAUAAUCAACAAAUGAGCCGUGGUAACAGAAAUCAGAACCGCCAAGGAGGAGGAAUGAUGAACAAUGGAAAUAUGCGCAAUCAAAAUAGAAGGUUCAAGCAAAAUCGUCGCGGAGGUGGCGGUGGAAAUAGCGGAAGUGAUGUUAAUAUGUGCAAAUCUGGUAGUGGAGGAGGUAUUGAUAUUCAUGAUCAAACGCCUAUUACAAUAACUGCCGCUACCAACACCAGUGCUGGAGAUGAUGUUGAGGAAUCAUGGGAUGACUAGUUUCCUUUAUUAAAAGAAACUAAAAUCGGUGAAAGUUAUCAAAUUUUGAAUCAAUUUCAAUCCAAUACUCGUUAUUAAAAAAUUAAUAAAAUCAGAUUGUAUAUAAUUUUUAAUCUAAUAAAUGUGAAUAUAAUAAAUAUAUGUAUGUA